AUGUCAGUUACUGAUCAACAUAAGACACAUCAAACAUUUGGUGGUAAGAUUGUUGUUCUAAGAGGUGAUUUUAGACAGAUACUUCCGGUGAUUCCGAAAGGAAGUAGACACGAUAUAUUAGCAUCCGCUAUUAACUCAUCCCAUCUGUGGUUAUUUUGUAAGGUUCUGAAACUGCAUACGAAUAUAAGGCUUCUAAUGUCUUCUUCGAAUCAAGAUGAUGGUGAAAUGAAGAUAUUUGCUAAUUGGAUACUUGAUGUUGGAAAUGGAAAUAUUGGCUCUGUUGUUGGUGAUGAAUUAGAAGUUAAAAUUCCAAAUGAUCUAUUGAUUACAACUACUGAUGAUCCUCUCUCUCAUUUGGUAGACUUUGCAUAUCCAAAUUUGUUGCAAAACAUAUUAGAUUACAGGGAUGGAAAAAGAGUAUUUGAGCCUGACACAACAUGUCAAGCUGAUGAGAAUGAAGAUGUAAAACAAGAGUGGUUCACACCAGAGUUUCUAAAUGACAUCAAAUGUUCGGGACUCCUCAAUCACAAGUUGACUUUGAAGCCAGGAGUCGCUGUAAUGCUACUGCGAAACAUAGACCAGACUUCAGGUUUAUGCAACGGGACAAGAUUAAUAGUUAACAUACUUGACAGCAACGUAAUUGGAGCAGCGGUAGUGACCGGUAGAAAUAUUGGAAAUAAAGUGUACAUUCCAAGAAUGAACUUGAUCCUUCAGAUUCAGGAUUGCCAUUUAAGUUCCAACGGAGACAAUUUUCAUUAA